GAAAGAUGAAACACGCAUUCGGUGUUCAGUUCCGUUUUAGGGAUUUCUUUCGUAUCUUGAGUUGGUAAAACACUGCAAAAAUCUAAAUCAUCAUGCAGGUCCAGAUCAUUACUAUUCUUCUUGUUGCUGUUGUUUGCUGCAGUGCAAAUAACUUCGGAUUUUAUGGUGUAAGUUAUGCUCCAAAUUCUGUAGCUCCCUAUAACGCGUAUGCCCCAGCAUACAAUCCUGCUGCCACAGUGAAAGUCACUUACGUCAUUCCAUCAGAUGUCGGUAACUACGUGGUCGUAAGCGAUGUAGCUGGUGCUGCUCCCGCAGCUACCUACGCAGUGGCUGACCCUAGCAUUGAAAUUAAAGACGCAGUAGCCCGCUACAUUGCUCCCGCAGCUACCUACGCAGUGGCUGACCCUAGCAUUCCAGUUAAAGACGGAGUAGCCCGCUACAUUGCUCCUUUAAGAUCCACUGUUGCAUCUUCCGCAAACAUCGCAUACAUAGUCAAGAAAUAAACAAACAAAUAACAUUAUCCUUUCUGAUCUGCUCCGAAGAAACUGAUUCUCCUUACUGUUCGAAUACCUGCCUCAAGAUCCGGUUUUAAGCAUAAAAAAUGUUUGGGAAUAAUUCAUCAAUUUUAUGGGCUAUUUAUAAAAUUUCAUUUUGUUAUAAUGUAUAGUUCUAUGAAUAAAGUGGUUGAAACGAA